CGGCUGGUGGUGGUGGUGCCCAACGAGACGUCGUUCCAAGGGCGGCGUGCGUACACCAGCGAGGACGAGGCAUGGCGCUCGUACCUGGAGAACCCUCUGACUGCAGCUACCAAGGCCAUGAUGAGCAUCAAUGGAGAUGAGGACAGUGCCGCAGCGCUGGGACUGCUUUACGACUAUUAUAAGGUUCCUAAAGAAAAGAGAUUGUUGCCCGUCGCCAAAGUGGUUGACAUUUCAGAAGAGCAGGAAAAGAGGGGAGCCUCGGGGACCAGCACCAACGGCCAGCAGGGUGACAACAUAGAGGUGGUGGACAACCGAGUCCAGGUGCUGAAGUCUGUCCCGGUCAACCUGUCCCUCAACACUGACCACCUGGAAAAGAGGGAGCAGUAUGGGGCGGGGACGGGUGACGGACCUGGGGCUAUUGCCUUGGUGAAGGCGGAGAUGUAUUCCCCGGUGUUCAUGGGCCCAGGGGUCGGGGUCGGGACGGCGGUGCAUUAUCGGGUGGAGGGCGAGGAGCAGGGGUCAAGGGUCAUCUAUGAGCAGAUGAGUCCGUAUGUAUCCGAUGUGUCAACAGUUAGUCACGGAGGAUACGUUAAGGAUGACCAGCGCAGCACGCCUGAUGACAGCCCGUAUGAAGAGGAGAGUGAUGCGAAAUACCACACACCCAAGUCUAUAGCACAGGAAGAGUUUAUCUUUGACCAACAAGUAGUGGACACUUUUCAGUACACGCUGGAAGCCACCAGGUCACUGCGUGUGAAGCAGGGGGAGGGGCCCAUGACCUACCUGAACAAGGGCCAGUUCUACGCUGUCAUGCUCAGCGAGCUGGGAGCUAACAAACGCCUGAGACAUCCAAUCAGCAAAGUCAGGAGUGUCAUCAUGGUGGUGUUCAGUGAAGACAAGAACAGAGAUGAACAGCUGAAGUACUGGAAGUACUGGCACUCCCGCCAGCACACUGCUAAACAGAGAGUACUAGACAUAGCGGACUAUAAGGAGAGCUUCAACACCAUCGGUAACAUUGAGGAGAUUGCCUACAAUGCUGUCUCCUUCACCUGGGAUGUGAACGAAGAGGCCAAGAUCUUUAUCACAGUGAACUGUCUGAGUACAGACUUCUCAUCUCAGAAGGGGGUGAAAGGUCUUCCUCUGAUGAUCCAGAUUGACACCUACAGUUACAACAACCGCAGCAACAAGCCCCUCCACAGAGCCUACUCUCAGAUCAAGGUCUUCUGUGACAAGGGAGCUGAGAGGAAGAUAAGAGAUGAGGAAAGGAAACAGAACCGCAAGAAGACUAAAGGGAAGGAUGGAGGGCUGGGGGUGAUAAGUCUCCCUAAGAAGCCUGACAGCACCUACUUCAAGACCAUGACUGACCUGGACGCCCAGCCUGUACUCUUCAUCCCUGACGUCCACUUUGGAAACCUGCAGAGGGCUGGACAGGUAUUUGCCUUUAACACAGAAGAGCUUGAGAGAGGAGGGAGUGUGUUGGUGAAGAGGAUGGCCCGAUGA